AUGAGCCACGCGCCGUCCGCUCCUCACUCGCGACCGGAACGCGCAGGCAGCGUCGACAAACCGUCGUCGCUCUUCCGCCGCUUCCAGGGCAAGAAGAGCAGCAGCACGGGCUCGAGCAGUUGCCACAGCAAUAGCAACAACAACAACAACAGCAGCAGCAGCUAUUGCCCGACAGCCAUGGAGUCGCUCGCUUCGUCGCAGCCGCCCCCGCGCCAUUUGCACCGUCGGAUGCUGUCGCGGGACCGUCGACGGCCCAUGGUCAUUUACUACUCGCCCACGCCCGCCGCCGACUCGACGGAAUCGGCCUCGAACAGCUGCACGAGCAGCUGCGGCGGCAUGUUCACGGACGGGGAGCUGUCGGACGACGACUCGCCGAGGUCCCGACGCGGCAUUAAGGACGGCGACGACCGCUUCGACGCCGACUCGAGGGUGCCCGACUUUGCCGCCAGCACGGGGUCGAGAGACACGACGACGUCGCGUCAUCGUGGUCCCGGGGGCGCGUUGUCGCGCAUGUCGCAGAGCUUUGGCCGCGCGUCGGAGCGACUGGACUCGGGGGCCGAGGGACGACGCGAGUUCCGUCGGGCCGUGCGCCAGAGCGCCAAGUACGACGUGGCGUGGCGAGAGGACGACGAGAGCGCGUGCUGCAAAAUGUGCUUUGCCAUGUUCACGAAGCUCUCGCGCCGACGGCACCACUGCCGCGUGUGUGGCGAACUCGUGUGCGGCGGCUGUUCCCAGGACUUGGUCGCGCUCACGGACAAGUUCCCGGCGCCUCGUCGGGCCUGUGUGGCCUGCUGCAGUCUGCUCCAAGCCAUGGCGCGAGCGGGCGACGACCGGGUCAAGGUCGUCGAGUCGGACGGUGCCAGUGCCGCUGCCUUCACGAGACACCACCACUCGGCUCCUGCUGCAGCAGCCACUUGUCACUCGCCGUCCAUGCCCACACCCACGGCAACGCCUCGCUACCGCGACCGACUGACGGAAGUCCAUCGAGUCAUGGCAGCGGGUCAGUUGUCACGUCGUCGGGCGAGUGCCGAGAAGAAAAUGUUUGUCAUUAAUAGCCGCUGGCUGCGUCGAUGGAUGGCGUUUACGUCAUCUGCUUCGAGCUCCGACGCGCGCUGCAGCUUGGACUACGGGUUCAGCACGGACAUGUCCAUCUCGUCCCCCAGGAACGUCGAUACGGCCAGCGAGGGAAGUGCUCCUGGACCUAUUGACAACAUGUCUCUGCUCGAACUCUGUCGUGGCAAAUUGAUGCGUCGCCCCGGUCUUGUUCGAGAUGAGGCUUUCUCUGGCGAUGCAACAAGCGCGGGUGAAGAUGCGGAUUUCCAGUUGAUUUCUCCAGAAGUAUGGGAAGUCUUCCAACGUCUGUACGGUGGUGCUCCUGCGAUUUCCGUCAACUUGACCUGUGCCGAUCCUAUGGCAUGGAUCAUUGACGUCUCGGGGCUGCUAGCAGCUGGUGCGAACGCCAAUGGCACUAAAAUUCAAGUGCCUCCUGCUGUUGAGCGUGCGUUGACUGCUCGUCAUAAGGUCGGGAUUGAGGUCGCGAGUGUGAGGGAUGGGUCAAGCCGGGGCCGGACUCCUGCGGGAUCAGGUUCGCAUCGAUCAGUGGACAGUCGCUGCACGUCAUCGAAGAAAAAGCCGCAGCCGCCCAAGAGUCCGGCGGAGACAGUGACCAGUAGCAGCAGCAGCAGUUCAUUAAGUGAAGAGAAGGAGUGCACUCCGACGAGAAGCGGCAAGAUGCAGCUGGAGGACUUGGAAUCAGACGUUGCAGCCUUGUCUAUCGAUGUGAUCAAGGCCCCGUCCGAGGAUGACGACGACGUAAGGGCUACUACCUCGGCGCGUAGUCCGACAGCUGCAUUAGCAGCUUCGGCGUUUGCCGUUGCAAUGAAGCAGGCGAGACUGAAUGCGCAGAAGGCCAUUGACGAUCGUGCGUCGCGCGUUAUUGCAGCGUAG